CAUAUUUGUUCAGUCAUUGUCACACGCGACGCGGCUGCACUCGCAGCGAGACCCUCGAGAACGUUUACAACCGAGUGAGAUUCGGGCUGAGCUGAAUGAGCGUUUAUAAUCGAUCGCGUUGAGCAGAUUUCCAGUGACGACUGAAAGAUGGCGAGCGCGACUCCGGCCGCUCAGCGGUCCCGCGGCGCGGGCGGUAUGGCGUCUCCUCUGAGCCCGGCGCGGAUCUCCAGGCUGCAAGAGAAGGAGGAUCUGCAGCAGCUCAACGAUCGCCUCGCCACUUACAUCGACACCGUGCGCAGUCUCGAGUCCGAUAACAGCGUGCUGCAGCUGCAGAUCCUCGAGCACGAGCAGCAGCGCAGUCGCGAGAUCACCGCACUCAAAGCGCUUUAUGAGACCGAGCUUGCGGACGCGCGCCGGUCGCUGGAUAACACUGCGCGGGAGCGCGCGCGGCUCCAGAUUGACCUCGGCAAGAUUAGCAGCGAGCACGAGCAGCUGAUGCACGAUUUUGUGAAGAAGGAAUCAGAUGUGGGCAGCUCUCUGGCUCGUGUGAAGGAAGUUGAAGCUCUGUUAAACACUAAAGAAGCGGCUUUGAUCACCGCAGCAUCAGAGAAAAAAACUGUGGAGAAAACACUAACUGAUCUGCAGCUUCACGUUCAAGAGCUGGAGAAGAGUUUGAGUUCCAGUAAGAAGCAGCUGUCAGAUGAAACUUUACUGCGUGUGGAUCUGGAGAAUCGCUGUCAGAGUCUGUCUGAGGAGCUGGACUUCAGAAAGAACAUGUUUGAAGAGGAGCUGAAGGAGACUCGACACAGGCAUGAGAGUCGUCUGGUAGAGGUGGACUCUGGCCGUCAGAUGGAGUUUGAGUUUAAACUGGCUCAGGCUCUCACUGACAUGAGACAACAACAAGAUCAGCAGGUCAAACUCUAUAAAGACGAGAUGGAACAGACGUACAUGGCCAAGCUGGAGAAUGUGCGUCUGUGUUCAGAGAUGAACUCUUCUUCAGCCAGUGUAGCUCGUGAGGAGCUCCGCGAGUCCACGCUGAGGGUUGAGAAUCUGUCGUCUCAGCUGGCUCAUCUUCAGAAAGAGGCUCGUGGUUGGCAGGAUCGCAUCAGAGAACUGGAAGAAGCUCUGAAUCGUGAGAAAGAUUUGAGUCGCAGGUUACUGUCAGAGAAAGAGCGAGAGAUCGCAGACGUCAGAGCGAAGAUGCAGAAGCAGCUGGACGAGUAUGAACAGCUGCUGGAUGUGAAGCUGGCUCUGGACAUGGAGAUCAACGCUUAUCGCAAACUACUGGAGGGAGAGGAGGAGAGGCUGAAACUGUCUCCCAGCCCCUCGUCUCGUGUGACGGUGUCUCGCGCCUCCUCCAGUCGCAGCCUCCGCACCACGCGUGGAAAGAGAAAGCGUGUGGACGUGGAGGAGUCGGAGGCCAGCAGCAGCGUCAGCAUCGCUCAUUCAGCGUCCUCCAGCGGAAGCGUCUGCAUCGAUGAGCUCGACGUGGACGGCAAAUUCAUCCGUUUACACAACACCUCUGAUCAGGAUCAGCCCAUGGCAGGAUUUCAGCUCAGCAGAAUCAUCGCUGAUGUCACCGCCACAUACAAGUUCACUGCCAAAUACAUCCUGAAAGCAGGACAGAAAGUGACGAUCUGGGCGUCUGAUUCGGGCGUGAGCUCCAAUCCUCCUACUGAUCUGAUCUGGAAGAAUCAGAAAUCGUGGGGAACCGGUGAGAACAUUAAAGUGCUUCUGAUCAGCUCAGACGGAGAGGAGGUGGCAGUGAGGAGCACAGUGUUCAAAACUGCAGCCGAGCCGGAGGAUGAGGAUGAUGAUGAUGAAGUCGUCGAGGAGCGUCUCUUCCACCAGCAGGGAGAUCCACACACAGCUAAGAGAGGCUGUCUGAUCAUGUGAUGAAGCUCCACUCCACCCGACCUGACCCGCGCAUUUCUAUUUACAGAGUGAAAUCUUUUCUGUUUCUUACCUUUGAUUUGAUGCUUGUGAAACCUUUUGCGUUUGAACUGUUUCAAUUGAAUGAAGCAAAUGUUUCUUUAGUUUAAGCGUGAGAGUGCUUUUACCUCUGAUUCUGUGACUAACCUCUUUUUUUAUCAUGUUUAUAUUCAUUUUAUAAACAGUGUUUUAGGUCUCUUUAUAGACAAACAGGUUUUAUAAGAAACUAGUUUUUAGUGAAAGCUCAUGACAGAUGAUAGAUUGUAGACGUUUGCACGGCCGGUGGAAAGAAGUAUUCAUUUUAUUUAAAGUAAUUCACUACACAAUCACAGACGGACCAGAACGUCUCUUCAGCAGUGAACGUCAGAUGUGAAGCAGAAAGUGAACAUUUCCAGCAGACACUUGAGUUUAUUAUGUUUACACACGUUUAUGGUGUAAUAUUGGGUGUAAAGCGCAGGCAGAUGUCAUUUCUGCAGAACAGAAGCCAUUUUAUUUUUUUCUGAUAUUUUGUAGCAGAGAGGAUCACAUUGAUCUCUGAAAUCUGAUGCAGUGAAGCUCAUAAAUCUCAAGAGUCAGUACUGUAUUUUCUGUUUUUAUACAUAUUGCUGAAAUUGUAUUUGUUCAGCAUCUUCUGUUACUAUCUUACAAACACUAUAGCCUUACGCUGUUUGACUUGACUUGAUUUGAAGAGUUGUGGAUUGUCACGUGCAUGCUUUAUAUCUGAAGGAAUCAAAUAAAAUGUUGAUUG